AUGAGUAGUGUACGAGAUGCCUACUACCCGAUCGGCAUCACCUUCAUGGUGGUGAACGCCGUCGCCGUCGGGCUGCGUUUUUGGGCUCGAGGGAUAAAGAGCGCGGUUGGAUAUGAUGAUACUGCAAUGGCCGUCUCUUUUGUCGGCUUCGUGAUCUUUGUUGCGUUUGAGCUUGUCGCGAUCGACAAUGGCAUUGGCGCAACUACCAUGGAACCUAGCUUCGACUUGAUCAAAGCAGCAAAGUUCUUCACCAUCGCCCAAAUCGUUUACAUUCUCACGACCGGCAUAUCGAAACUCGGCGUUGCUCUAGUCCUCUAUCGACUCUCAGACAGAUCCGACCUGAAGUAUGUCCGACUAGUACUAAUAAUCUCGAUGGUCAUCGUCACUCUCUGGUGCUUCGCAACUGCCCUCUUGUACGCACUACAAUGCCGCCCGCUAUCGGUAGCUUGGGGUGUAGGAGAGGGGACUUGCAUCUCCUCUACCGUUCUUGGCAAUGCUGGAAUUGCUCUGUCAGCACAGGACGUUGCUGCAAGCUGGCUUUAUGGCUUGUUGCCUGUGUACAUGCUUCGCAAAGCUCAACUACGCAUGAAAGUGAAAAUCACUGUCAUGUUCCUCCUAGGUUUAGGUGCAGUGAGUUCCGUGGCGACUAUUAUUCGACUGAAAUUCGUUGUCGAAAUCACCCGAAUCCAAGCGGAUGGAGGACUUGCUAGUGCUAGUAUCAUCCAAAAGACUCUGGAAGCAACAAUUUACUCUAUUCUAGAAAUCGGCCUGAGUAUUUUGGCUGCAGCACUCACUGCGCUCCGACCUCUGUUGAAGAAGGUGCCCUGUUUUAGCGACAUCAGCAGCGGCGGUUAUUCUGGUUCAAAAGCGUUGGUGUCUUCACGGUCGGGAAAUCGAGAUCACAUCAAGGGACCUCCCAUCAGGCUUGACGAUAUACAUACAUCUGCAGGAGACAGCGAGGAGAACAUCGUUGCUCCUAGAAGGGUCAUGGGUAUCAAGAAGGACCAGAGAAUCGAAGUCGGGUACGAGCCUCGAGAUCCUAGCAAGGUGCAAAGACAACAAUGGUAG